GCCCCGAGCAGUGAAAUCUGUCGGGGGUGUUCAUUGGGAGUUGCUGUAGCGCUGCUGCGUGAAUGAGGAAGUUCAGUAAAGACGGUGCUGCUGUAGUGAGAACCCUGAUCCAAAGUGUAAUUUUAGGACGGAACCAACUUUCAACCAUGGCUCAAGCAGAUAUUGCUCUCAUUGGUCUGGCUGUAAUGGGUCAGAAUCUGAUCCUGAACAUGAAUGACCAUGGAUUUGUGGUGUGUGCGUUCAACAGGACAGUGUCCAAGGUCCAUGACUUUUUAAACAAUGAAGCCAAAGGCACUAAGGUGAUCGGGGCAGAGUCCCUUGAAGACAUGGUGUCUAAACUCAAAAAACCCCGUCGCAUCAUCCUCCUCGUCAAAGCAGGACAAGCUGUCGAUGACUUCAUUGAUAAACUGGUUCCUCUUCUUGAACCUGGUGACAUUAUCAUUGAUGGUGGAAAUUCAGAGUACACAGAUACAACAAGACGUUGUAAGAGCCUGAAGGAGAAGAACCUUCUGUUUGUGGGUAGUGGAGUGAGUGGAGGAGAAGACGGGGCUCGUUAUGGACCCUCACUGAUGCCUGGAGGACAUAAGGAUGCCUGGCCACACAUAAAAGAUAUUUUUCAGAGCAUUGCCGCCAAGGUGGGCACAGGAGAGCCGUGCUGCGACUGGGUUGGAGAUGAAGGAGCAGGACAUUUUGUUAAGAUGGUCCAUAACGGUAUUGAAUACGGUGACAUGCAGCUGAUCUGUGAGGCCUAUCAUCUGAUGAAGGAUGUGCUGUGUAUGGACCAUGGUGAAAUGGCUCAGGCCUUCGAUCAGUGGAAUAAGACAGAGCUUGACUCUUUCCUCAUUGAGAUCACUGCCAAUAUCCUGAAAUUCAAGGACGCAGACGGCACUCACCUGCUGCCCAAAAUCAGAGACAGUGCCGGGCAGAAAGGCACAGGGAAAUGGACGGCCAUCUCCGCUUUGGAAUACGGUACACCUGUUACAUUGAUAGGGGAAGCUGUCUUCGCCAGAUGUCUCUCCUCUCUGAAGGAUGAGAGGGUUCAGUCCAGUAAGAGCCUCACCGGUCCCCAGGGUGUCAAGUUUACUGGAAACAAAGAACAGUUUCUUGAAGAUAUCAGAAAGGCUUUGUACGCCUCAAAGAUCAUUUCAUAUGCUCAAGGCUUCAUGCUGCUCCGACAGGCUGCAGUAGAGUUCGGUUGGUCUCUUAACUAUGGUGCUAUUGCCCUGAUGUGGAGAGGAGGCUGCAUUAUUCGCAGUGUUUUCUUGGGAAAGAUCAAGGAAGCGUUUGACCGGAACUCUGAGCUGCAGAGUUUGCUGCUGGAUAACUUCUUCAGCAAAGCUGUACAGGAUUGUCAGGACUCAUGGCGUCGGGUAGUAAGUACAGGUGUGCAGCAGGGGAUCCCCAUGCCGUGCUUCACCACCGCCCUGUCUUUCUAUGAUGGUUACAGGCACGAGAUGCUCCCAGCAAACCUGCUGCAGGCACAGAGGGACUACUUUGGUGCCCACACAUAUGAGCUGCUAUCAAACCCUGGAAAGUUCAUCCACACUAACUGGACAGGCCAUGGAGGAAAAGUGUCGUCAUCAUCCUAUAAUGCCUAAAAAUCAAGAGUGUUAUUAGGUUAAACUGCAAAGAACAUCAUCUCCUCUUGAUGAAGGACCAGAGCAGCUGAGCACAUUCCUCCUGAAGAGCUGAGAGCUGAACUUCAGCCCUCAGUAGAGCUCUUACUGAAGAGUGUUCAAAUGCAUAUUUCUAUUUAUACUAAAUCAUAGUGAAUACACUAUUUGUAAGCUCUGUCCUGUAGUUUUAAGGUCCACUGUUGCAAACACCUCAUUUCUGAGUCUGAGUGCUGUUUCUGAGAUUCUUCUUGAUGUAGACUGGUCAUGCUUUGCCCCCAGAGUUCACGGCGUUAACCCUGGAUUAUGGGUAACUCUUGCACUGCAUUAGGCUAAAUAAAGAGUUCAAUCCCUUUUUAA